ACUCGCAACCCGCAGCGCGUCUCCUCCUUUCCUCGUCCAUCCGGCCAUCUCCGCAGCCACUAACCCGCAGCCCAGCACCGGCCGCUCCACGCCUCCACCUCCCUCGUUUCGGUCCGACGAGCCCAUCGCCUCCGCCGCUUCGUCGCCGUCGAGGUCGCACCACCAUGGCGGCGCUGCUAGCCCGGCAGGCAGCGCAGGCGCUCCGCGCGAGGCAGACGGCGCAGCUCUUGCCGGCCGCGUCGGCGAUGCAGGGGCACCUCCGCACCUACAUGAACGCGGGGAUUCCCAAGCGGUUCAAAGAGGAUGAGGAGAAAGAACAGCUUGCAAAAGAUGUCGCAAAAGAUUGGAAUGCUGUCUUUGAAAGGAGCAUCAAUACAUUGUUUUUGACUGAAAUGGUCCGUGGCUUGAUGCUAACUCUCAAGUACUUCUUUGACAGAAAUGUUACAAUUAACUAUCCAUUUGAGAAGGGUCCUCUGAGUCCCCGCUUCCGUGGUGAGCAUGCUCUCAGACGUUACGAAUCUGGGGAAGAGCGUUGCAUUGCUUGUAAACUAUGCGAAGCUAUAUGCCCAGCACAGGCAAUUACAAUUGAGGCUGAAGAACGUGAAGACGGCAGUCGCCGAACCACAAGAUAUGAUAUUGACAUGACCAAAUGCAUUUACUGUGGGUUCUGCCAAGAGGCUUGCCCAGUCGAUGCUAUUGUUGAGGGGCCUAACUUUGAGUUUGCUACUGAGACACACGAGGAACUACUGUAUGACAAGGAGAAACUGCUUGAGAAUGGUGAUCGCUGGGAGACUGAGAUUGCUGAGAACUUGAGAUCUGAGAGCCUUUAUCGCUGAAUCUGUCUUCCAUUGUGGUUGAUAAACUGGGUUCUUCCAUUUUCCAUAUUUUGGUCAACUAGCUGAUGAAUAAGCAAACGAUAUAUCAUAACUUAGAUACCAGGUACCAUGUUUAUGUACCUCGGCACCAUCCGUCUGUUUUGUUCAUUGCCUUGCUAAAGGUGGCACCGAAUGUUCUUUAAUGGGAAAAUUCCUUCUGUAGCACUGAGCUGUUUUCAGUCAGACCUUAUUUUGUAUACAAUGAAACAGGAUACUGUGCUCAGGGCUCAGUGAUUUGGUGAAUGUUCACAUGCGUGUUUCUCA